AUGGCAGCGUUGGUUGCGAGUGGUGCGAACGCACAGAAAUUGCGCCCUGACAGGAGAGGAACACCAAAACCUGCCGCACCCGGUGACCGACUUGUCUCGAUGAACGACAUCGCAGAGGGAGCCCGCCGGGUGCUAGACCACGUCGAGAAAAAUGGCACGAUGGACCGAUACUUCACUGGGUAUAUCCGGGCGGUCCGCCACGAAUGGAAACUAUUGAAAAAACAAAAAAUAUACUGUCAACAACUCUGUCCUCCAUCGCCGCGGAUUCCGCAGCAGCGUGGCGCGACUUCCGAUCCAGAGACUGACAGCGCGGGUUGGCCAAGGCAGCGGCACCUAAUACCCGGAGUGCCUGAAAUCGAGCUUCGCGAGGACCGCAAGGUCAUAGUGAAGGUCGGAUCAAACCGUGAACAGAUUCGCAGGCUCUCGCCGAGGGAGCUGGUCGAGCGGGUGGAGCGCCAAAAAGCCACGACUGCUCGACAGAAGAAAUCUGCCGCUUUGGCAGGAGGAGCUGCCUUCAUUGCGACUCGGAAACUACCGUCAGGCAAUGUAGCCAUGCUGGCAAACAGUGCUCCAGAUGUGGAGCUCCUCCGUAAGCACACCAAAUGGCUGAUGGCAUUCGGGCCUGGCUCCGUGGACCAAGAGCCGUCGUGGGGCGUUAUUGGUCAGGCCGGGAGUGACUACUGGUGA